GCAGAUAUGAAAAGAGAUGCGCUGGUCCUUACUUCCAUGAAAUUAAAUUGCCACAUUUCAUCAUCAUCAAUAAAAUUCGGAUGGCAUAAUCAGUACAAUAGUGCGAGGGCAAGUCUUCGUAGUCGUUUCGUAGAAAAUCGUUCUUAGCUAUACACGUUUCCCUGUCUUUUCGUAGAAAAUCGUUCUUAGCUAUGCACGUUUCUCAGGAGGACGGCGGGAGACUUGACCGAUGACCCGUAUGAGUGGCUGGCGUUUCAUCCUUUGUCCAGGCGGAGCUUACACGGUAAACCCAACUAACUAGCUAAGUCCACGGUCCACUAUCCCCGCCGCAAAAAAAAAGGUCCAGGGUCCACUGCUUAUUACACUCGUCUACAAGCGUGUAAAUCUCAAGUCCGAAGCAAGUAUUGUACAAGCUUCUGCUUCUCACAAUGGCCAAACCAAGCUUUCUCGUCCUCCUCCUCAUCCCCCUCUUGCUCGCUUCCAAUUCCGACUCGGCACGGCCGAACGACGGCGAGCUCCGAGCUCUCUUGACUGUCAAGCAAGAUUGGGGCAACCCUGCUGCACUUAGCUCAUGGAAGAACCACAGUAGAGGAAACUCUAACUCCACUGCCUCCGCUUCUUUCACUUACUGUAAAUGGGCUGGGGUUACUUGCAACAAUGGCCAAGUGACCGCCCUAUCCUUCCAGAAUUUCCAUAUAGCAAAUCCAAUCCCAGCUUCCAUUUGCAACCUGAAGAACCUGUCACGCAUAGAUCUUUCCUACAACAACCUCACCGGCGUGUUCCCAUCGGCGCUCUACAACUGCUCGGCUUUGCAGUUCCUCGACCUGUCAAACAAUGAUUUCAUCGGCUCCCUCCCGGCUCACAUCAGCAAACUGUCGUCAGAUAUGGAGCAUCUCAACCUCUCGAGCAAUAGUUUCGUCGGCAAUGUUCCGUCGGCUAUCUCAAGUUUUCCGAAGCUCAAGUCAUUAGUUCUUGACACUAAUAGCUUCGAUGGGAGCUAUCCUGGGGCGGCCAUCGGCAACCUCGUCGAGCUUGAGACUCUAACACUGGCAUGCAACCCGUUUGCCCCAGGGUCUAUUCCCGGCGAGUUCAGCAAGUUGAAGAAGUUGAAGACAAUCUGGCUAUCGGGGAUGAACCUGACCGGCGUUAUCCCCGAAGCUCUCUCGGUGCUCAGUGAGCUGACCGUGUUGGCCUUGUAUCAGAACAAGCUUCAUGGUGACAUCCCAGCGUGGGUUUGGAAGCUUCAGAAGCUGCAGUACCUGUACCUAUACGCGAACAACUUCAUCGGCAGGAUUGGGCCGGACGUCACCGCUGUCAGCAUGCUCGAGGUCGACCUGUCCGAAAAUAGGCUCACCGGAACCAUACCGGAGACUAUCGGGAACAUGAAGAAAUUGAGUCUAUUGUUCCUGUACUCCAACAACAUCACCGGGCCUAUCCCGACAAGCAUCGGGCUGCUCCCGAACCUGGUGGACAUCCGGCUAUUUAAUAACAGCCUCUCCGGCCCCCUUCCGCCCGAGCUCGGGAAGCACUCGCCACUCGGGAACCUAGAAGUUUGCAAUAACUUCCUCACUGGCAAGCUUCCGGAGACUCUCUGCUUCAACAAUAAGCUCUAUGACAUCGUGGUAUUCAACAACAACUUCUCCGGCGAGUUCCCAGUGAAUCUCGGGGAGUGCAACACACUAAACAACAUCAUGGCAUACAAUAACAAUUUCACCGGCGAGUUUCCGGAGAAGGUAUGGUCCAAGUUCCCCAACCUGACAAACGUCAUGAUACAGAACAAUAACUUCACUGGCAUUCUACCAAAUGAGCUGUCCUCUAACAUCUCAGGGAUUGAGAUAGGGAACAAUAGAUUCUCUGGCGCCAUACCAGCAUCUGCAACAGGCCUACAUGUGUUCACCGCAGAGAACAAUUGGUUCUCCCAUGGGCUACCGAUGGACAUGACCAAGUUCACCAAACUCACCGAGCUGUCCCUUGCCGGGAACCAAAUUAGUGGCUCCAUACCACAGUCCAUCGUAGCCUUGGAGAGGCUUACUUACCUCAAUCUUAGAAGCAACCAGAUAUCAGGAGUGAUUCCAACAGCUAUCGGGUCGCUUCCGGUGCUCGCCGUCCUAGACCUCUCAAACAACGAGCUCGUGGGCAGGAUACCGGAGGACUUGAAGAACCUCCACCUAUCCUACCUGAAUCUCUCGUCCAAUCAGCUCGCCGGCGAGGUUCCAGCCUCACUACAAAGUGUGGAAUACUACGGCGGCUUCCUUGACAACCGUGGCUUGUGUGCCAGACGGAACUCCGGCCUACCCCUCCCGACGUGCUCUGCAGGCGGAGAUCAUAACUCUAGGAGAAAGAUCGCCCUCUCAGUUUCAAUCUCCAGCGUUGCUCUUGUCGCCUUCGUUGCUAUUGGAUGGCUCAUCCGCCGGCGCAAGAAAGACCAGCGAGAUGUUACAUCGUGGAAGAUGAUACCAUUUCGAACUCUGGAUUUUACCGAGCACGACAUACUCAGCAACAUCAUCGAAGAGAAUGUGAUCGGCAAAGGUGGGUCAGGAAAGGUAUACCGCAUCCAUCUCGGUAGCCAGAAGACAGGGGAAGGCAGCGACGAGGCUGGCCACUCGGUGGUGGCCGUGAAGAAGAUCGGGAACGCCGGGAAGCCAGACACAAACCUUGACAAGGAGUUUGAAGCGGAGGUGAGGUCACUAGGCGGUCUCCGUCACGGCAAUAUCAUCAAUCUUCUCUGCUGCAUCUCCGGAGAGGACACGAAGCUGCUCAUCUAUGAGUACAUGGAGAACGGGAGCCUGGACCGGUGGCUGCACCGGCGCCGCAAGCGCGCCCGCGCAUCGGGGCCACUGGACUGGCCAACGAGGCUGAGCAUCGCCAUCGACGUCGCGAGAGGCCUCAGCUACAUGCACCAUGACUUCACGAGGCCGGUCAUCCACCGCGACGUCAAGUCCAGCAACAUCUUGCUCGACUGCGGGUUCAGAGCCAAGAUCGCCGACUUCGGGCUUGCUCGGAUCCUUGCCAAGACCGGCGAAUCCGAGUCGGCGUCGGCUGUCUGCGGGACAUUCGGUUACAUUGCUCCAGAGUACGUGUACAGGGCAAAGGUGAGCGAGAAGGUGGACGUCUAUAGCUUCGGCGUGGUGCUGCUGGAGCUCGCCACUGGACGGGGGCCGCAGGACGGCGGCACGGAGUCCGGCAGCUGUCUGGCGAAAUGGGCGUCGAAGCGCUACAAGAACGGCGGCCUGUGUGUCGACUUGGUCGACGGUGAAAUUCAGGAUCCGGCCUACCUGGACGACAUGGUGGCCGUGCUCCAGCUCGGGUUGAUUUGCACCAGCGAGGAUCCGUCGUCCAGGCCGCCGAUGAGCGAGGUCCUCCACCAGCUCCGUCAGUGUGGUCGGAAUCGGAUGUCCAGCGACGAAGACGCUGCCAAAGACGUGCGUGGCGUUGAUUCUUUGGAGUAUACGGUUUGACGUGGCCUUCUGAGAUGUCAGUCAGCACUUGCAGCGCAAUCCACUAUGUAGCUGUAAUACUGAAUUUUUUUAGAAAAAAGAAAGAGAUAGAGUU